CCCCCCCCCCAAGUCCGAGGUAGCGGAGUCAGGGAGGCCGCCGACCUCCGCCGGGGCUGGGGCGAGGCCCGUGCUAGAAAACUGCUGGAAGUUGUGGCCCGCGCUCCCUGCGGGAGAGGGUGCCCCCGGCGCCGCUGCGCGCGUCCCCGCCGGGGGGCUGUGUUUCGGCAGGUCUCCGGGCCGCCUGGCGCGGGGCCGGGCGGGGCCUGUACCGCCAUCUGGAGACCGCAGUGGCUUCCCCAGGCUCAGUCUGGGCGCGGGAGCGGGCGCAGCGGCAGCGGCAGCGCGGGCGGGCGGGAGCGCACGCCGGGGCUGCUCGGAGCGAGCGGCCGCCUCCGCGCUCCCCCUGCACAUGGCCCUGGCCCUCGGGCCCUUCUAGCCCCCCGGGACUGGCCCUCGGCGGGGGUCGCUCGGAGCCCCCCGCAGCGGCCGGCCCCUCCUUCCUCCGGCUCCGAGCCAUGUCGCUUACCGGAGCCUCGGACCGCAGCGUCCCGGCCACCAAGAUCGAGAUCACCGUGUCUUGCCGGAAUCUGCUGGAUCUCGACACCUUUUCCAAGUCCGACCCCAUGGUGGUGCUGUUCACUCAAACCAGAGCCAGCCAGGAGUGGCGGGAGUUUGGAAGGACUGAGGUAAUCGACAACACACUGAACCCCGACUUCCUUCGCAAAUUUGUGCUGGAUUACUUUUUUGAGGAAAAACAGAACCUACGCUUCGAUGUGUACAAUGUGGACUCCAAAACCAACAUCUCCAAACCGAAGGAUUUCUUGGGACAGGCAUUCCUAGCACUGGGAGAAGUGAUCGGAGGGCAAGGCAGCCGUGUGGAACGACCACUCACGGGCAUCCCUGGGAAGAAGUGUGGAACUAUUCUGCUGACUGCAGAGGAACUCAGUAAUUGCCGGGACAUUGCCACGAUGCAGCUCUGUGCCAACAAGCUGGACAAGAAGGAUUUCUUCGGAAAGUCUGAUCCUUUCCUUGUCUUCUAUCGGAGCAAUGAAGAUGGCACAUUUACCAUUUGCCACAAGACUGAGGUAGUGAAGAACACACUGAAUCCUGUGUGGCAACCCUUCACCAUCCCUGUGCGGGCGUUAUGCAAUGGAGACUAUGACAGGACUGUGAAAAUAGAUGUAUAUGACUGGGACCGGGAUGGAAGUCAUGACUUCAUUGGAGAGUUCACCACCAGUUACAGGGAGCUAACCAAGGCCCAAAGUCAGUUCACGGUGUAUGAGGUCCUCAACCCCAGGAAGAAAUGUAAGAAAAAGAAAUACGUUAAUUCCGGGACGGUCUGUCUGUCUUUUUCCCAGGUGACACUUCUCUCCUUCACUGUGGAUUCUGAAUUCACUUUUGUUGAUUAUAUCAAGGGCGGGACACAGCUGAACUUCACUGUGGCCAUUGAUUUCACAGCCUCCAAUGGGAACCCACUGCAGCCCACAUCUCUACACUACAUGAGCCCCUACCAGCUCAGUGCUUAUGCCAUGGCACUCAAGGCUGUAGGAGAAAUCAUCCAGGACUACGACAGUGACAAGCUCUUUCCUGCUUAUGGUUUUGGAGCCAAGGUGCCCCCCGAGGGACGCAUCUCCCACCAGUUCCCUCUGAACAACAACUCUGAGGACCCAAACUGUGCAGGCAUUGAGGGUGUCCUGGAGAGUUAUUUCCAAAGCCUUCGCACUGUCCAGCUCUACGGCCCCACCUACUUUGCCCCCGUUAUCAACCAGGUGGCCCGGGCUGCAGCCAAGGUCUCCGACGGCUCCCAGUACUAUGUGUUGCUCAUUAUCACAGAUGGGGUGAUCUCAGAUAUGACUCAGACCAAGGAGGCCAUUGUCAGUGCCUCCUCAUUGCCCAUGUCUAUCAUCAUUGUGGGAGUGGGGCCAGCCAUGUUUGAAGCAAUGGAAGAACUGGAUGGAGAUGAUGUCCGGGUGUCCUCUCGUGGGCGCUAUGCAGAAAGGGACAUUGUGCAGGUAGCUCCAGGUGGCAGCAUGGCGAGUGCAUGGUUUGUCCCGUUCCGAGACUACAUUGACCGCUCUGGGAACCAGGUGCUGAGCAUGGCGAGACUGGCCAAAGAUGUGCUGGCGGAGAUCCCGGAACAGCUGCUGUCAUACAUGCGCACCCAUGAUAUCCAACCCCGGCCUGCCCCCAGUGCUAGCCCCAGCCCCCCCUCCUUGCAGCCCUGAGGGGCUGGCCUGGCCGCCCUAUUGCUCCCCGCCGUGUAGUCGCCAAGAAGGCUGGUUUGAGCUGGGCUGGGCCCGGCUCCAGAUCCCAGAGCUGAAAGUGAAAGGGGCAGCCCCAUACCAAGUUGUCCUCAGAGAAGCCUGCCUUCGGUGGGCUGACCAAGAAAGGCAUGCCAUCCCCUCCCUCACCCCCAACUUGUAACAAGCAGGGAGGGUCCGGUGCCCUCCACUGGACUCCUCCAUCAGUCCGGCUUCCACCAAGUCCUCAUGCCAAUAAUAAAGCUGAGCUUUACCCUCA